GACCUUUUGCUGUCUAUGGUCAGAAAUGUAGACCUGUUCCCAUUAGGUUCCCUGAAUGGCAAGCUGACUACUCUGUAGUAGACUUCUAAAUUCAUGUCUGCUACAAUUCCCUUGCGUAUUUUAUGCCUUCAUGGCUACCGUCAGAAUGCCGUCAGCUUUCGAGAGAAAACAGGAGCUUUAAGAAAACUCCUGAAGAACCGGGUAGAACUGGUGUACAUUACAGCCCCACACGAAGUUCCAUGUCAGGUUGACAAUUCUCAGGACUCUGAAAAGGCACCCAUAGCCUCCGGUGAGAACCCCAGGGGCUGGUGGUUCUCUGAUGCCCAGCAGCGUAGCUUCAGUGCCGGGCAGGAGUGCGAUGUGAGCCUGGGCCUGGAGGAGAGCGUGGAGGUGGUGCGGACGGCGGUGCGGGAGCAGGGCCCUUUUGACGGCAUCCUGGGCUUCAGUCAGGGCGCCGCCAUGGUGGCCAUGCUGCUCGCUAUGCAGGAGCGCAGCCUGGAGCCCGUCCUCAGCUUCCGCUUCGCCGUCAUUGUGUCGGGGUUCCGCAGCGCCUGUGUCCAGCACGCACGGUUCUACGACGACCCCGUCGCCGUACCAACGCUGCAUGUGUUUGGGGAGGAGGAUGCGGUUAUUCCCAUCCAAAUGAGUCGGAAACUCCUCACAGUUUUUAAGGAACCUGACGUUCUGGCGCACUCAAGAGGACAUUUUGUUCCAGCAACUUCUGCACACAAACCAGUUUACCUGAACUUCAUCCAGAGGUUUCAGAAACAGACCUGAAGUCUUGAUCUUAAUCUGUGGGUCUACUGGGGGGGUUCUGACUUUGAAUAAAAGUGUCUCUGUAAUGACUUGUCUGUU